AUGUCAUCGACGCCUAUAACAUGCCACAUAUUGGAUACCACUCGCGGCCGUCCUGCUUCGGAUGUGUUAUGUGAGAUUUUCAGCCUCGCCAGCUUCAAUGAGCCAACACCGUUUGCGACAGCCAGGACCAACGGCGACGGUCGUAUACCUAAAUGGAAUUUCAGCUCUGAGGUGAGCAAAACUUCGCUGGCACAAAUUGGGAUCAAUGACGACUGGGAAGUCCUGAAAGCGGGAGUCUACAAGAUCAGAUUUCAUACCAAAGAGUAUUUCCAGGAGAUAGCCUUACAGGAGGAUGCCACAGAUUCCACUGGCCGUGCAAGAACCUUCUUCCCAUUCGUGGACAUCAUAUUCGAGGUUGCUAGUCCACCAGAUCACCACUAUCAUGUUCCAUUACUGCUGUCCAAUCAUGGCUACUCUACUUACCGUGGUAGUUAG